UACACCACCAGCAUCGAUCAGGUAGCAGGAGCAAUGAUAGGGUUUUCCUCUCCAUGUGGCGCAUGCAAGUUCCUUCGGAGGAAGUGCGUGAGUGGGUGUGUCUUCGCCCCACACUUCUGCCAUGAGCAAGGGGCUGCACAUUUUGGCACCAUCCAUAAGGUCUUUGGUGCAAGCAAUGUCUCAAAGCUCCUCACGGGCCUCCCGUCAAUAGACCGCCGCAAGGCUGCAGCCACCAUCUCCUACGAGGCACAGGCCAGGCUACAUGAUCCUGUAUAUGGUUGCGUCGCGCACAUAUUUGCUCUGCAGCAGCAGGCUGUGAAUCUGCAAGCACAGUUGGAGUCACUAAAGGCUCAGGCACCACAAGGGUACACAAAUACUUGUUCCGUAUCAAGCCCUGAAGAAGACAGUAUUAAGGCCAAGGUUAUGGCUUACCAGAAAGGGGAAGCUAGGAUGCCACGGCCAGCAGAAUUAUGCCCCGCUGUAAAGAGUGAGAGCGAGAGCUACUUCGGAAAUGACCUUAUGACCUGUACUUCCAUGCAAUCUUCUCAGGAUUACAACAUUUCACAUGUAUACACUCCUGACUAUACAGCCCCGUUUAACGAUGAGGGUAUCCACAGUAGCACCAUGCUUCCCGUUGAUAUCCAGGAAUAUCUGCAAGAUAAUGGGAAUUAUUGGCACUGA